CGAAAUGGCACGCGUUCUUCUACAAUUUUUGCUCUGCACCACACUAACAUUAAUCACUGGUGCCCGUAAGCAAUAUAGUCAUCACAGCUUCACAGUUUACCCUCAAGUCUUUGAAGACCGAGAAGAUGAGUCAAAAAAGCUGCUCGUCCUUCAUGAAGGACACUCCCUGACGCUAAGUAAAGGUUCAGUGCUUUCCGAGAGUGUAUUACUCCGAGACCUGACCGAAAGUGGUGUGAAAGAAACCUAUAUUGAUGGCAGGCAACACGAGAAGGAUUUGUACCAAGAUGUCGAGACGCAAGCUUCAUUGCUUGUUCAAGCUCAAGCAACUGGACAUUAUCAUAUAGUUGGCCUGAUCAAUUCCACGCACUUAAUUGAGCCUAUCGGAAAUAUGGAGCGAUCCUCGGUUGCUGGAAUUGCUCACAGGAUAACGGCGAUCCCUGAGCACAAAGGAAUCAUUGGGGCUCUGAAAGCAAACCAAGGCCAUCUCCAUGUUCAAGCAAGAGAAAUUAAACAAGAGACCCCAAUACUUCCAAAAAAUUUUACAGUUGAAAUGAUGAUCUACGCCGACUAUUACCACACCAUGUUUCUUGAGGAAGCCACGGAAAAUCGACUCGGUUAUUUCAUAGUGCUCAUGCUGGCGGUCAGCCUUCGCAUGCAGCAGCUGACCCCUCCAGGUUCCAUCGCUGUUACAGCCAUUCAAAGCAGCUGGACUCCAAACGAAACUUACGUGAAGUUGUACAGCGAAGAUCAGUUAUUGGGCACGGAAACGCUGAAAACGAUGGCAAAGAUUGCCAACCGCAGCCACCAUGAACAGCUGGCUGACGUGGUGCUCUUGCUCACUGGGAGAAGCAUAGUGCAGUACAGGAAAUCCAAUAACACUACAGAAAUCGAUACAGAAAACGCAGGGCUGGCGUACACAGGAUCAGCCUGCCGAUACCUGAAAGUCGGCGUAGCAAUGGACUACCCGGGGUACUAUAUGGCAGUCAACAUCAUUACCCACGAAUUAUCACAUUCAUUGAACGCCAGCCACGACGGCCAGAAAGACGCGAAAAAUUGUUCAGGCGAACACGAACACUUGAUGAACACACAUGUGGGAGGAAAGCAAAACUUUCUCUACUCUUCGUGCAGCAAGAGAUCAAUUCGCAAGUUCUUAAUGUCACAGAACGGAUCAUGCCUAAGACAUAAAAUCAACGAAGGCUACGUCUUUCAAGUUCCUUACACAUACUUACAGAGGAAAGCACCGUUCUUGAACGGGAUAGAUUACUGCCAAAGGUUCUUUCCCGACUACAGUGAUGUCGAAUACGUUGAGCCAAAACAUCCGGUAAAUGGGUGCCGCUUUAAGUGCAUGUUUGGCGAUGGAGAUAGCAAACUGCGAGAGGCAAGGUUAAUUGUACCGAAUGGAACACCUUGUAACGGUUCGAUAGGAGGAAAUGUAAAGAAGGUUUGUCAUAACGGGUUUUGCGUACCAAAAAGGACAAAAUAAAAUAAUUUGCGCAAAUCAUG